AUGAACACCGAAGAAUUGCUUCAGCAUCGGAGGCUUAAAUUCCGGUCAAUUGGAGGUUUUCAAGAGGGCAUUCCAGUGGAACCUAAACGGAAACGCAACAUGAAACCAUCUGAAGUUAACAUGCCAAAGGCUGCUGACAUAGAGUUGGAGAUUGAGAAUUUGAAAAAGAAGAUCCUGGAAGCAAAGGGACCAUCUGAUCUGAUUACAACCCAAGCAAUUGAGAAGCUCAAGAAAGAUGUAGACAAGGAGAUGACCAAUGCAUUUAUCUCAAUGGGAUUGCAAGAGAAACUCGAAUCAGUGAAGUUGGAAUUAUCAAAAGCCUCAAAAGACACAUCAAGUCAGCCCCUUAAUCGUAAUUUAAAGGAGAAAGUUGAUAAAAUAAUGCAGGAGUUUAACCAUAAUCUAUCGCAGCCAGGGGCGUACCUUGGCUUAAAGCAGAAGCUUGAAAAGCUAAACUUGGUUAGCAGGCUUAUCGAGAAAGAGGAAAGAAAACAGAAACUGAAAGCUGAGAUUAAUCAGAAAGUUCCAGCUGAGCUCAAAGAGAAGAUGGAACUUUUGAAGAAUGCUGAAGAAAAGAUAUCCAAAGGGGAACCAGUGGAUAAGGAGUUGAUGGAAGAAGUAGAGGCAGUUAAGAAAGAGCUUGUGGAGGUCCUAAAGUCAGCUAACUUGGAGGUUGUUGGGGUGACCAAGAAAAAUGUGGUCACCGCACCUCCAGAGUUGAAGGAGAAAAUAGAAAAGGUGAACACAGAGAUUUAUGAGGAAAUUGAGAGAGUAAUAAAUGAAGCUGGUAUUAGUGGAAGAAUAGAGGAGUUGAAGGCUGGUAUAGCAAAAGGCUCAAGUUCAGAAGACAUAGAAAAAGCAGAAGCAAAGAUAAAGGAGGAGAUUCUUGCCACUUUGGAUGUAGAGACACUAAAAGAAAAGGUUAAGAGUUUGACAGUGGAGUUGGACCUUCCUGAGGAAACUGUUGCAGAAGGUGAGAUUAGUGCUGAAAAUGGCAAAUUUCAGUGA